GUAAGUCAAAUGUUGUUUCUUCUAACUGGCUUGCUUACUUGUUGCUUGGUUUCAGGAGAUUGUGAAACAGCUCUCUGUGGUGGAGUGAGCUGCAUGUUAGACCCUGCAGUUAACGUCGUGUUGAGUAAAGCCAAACUGAUAUCUCCAGAGGGUGUGAGUAAACCCUUUUCCAAAAAGGCAGAUGGAUAUGGACGAGCAGAAGGUUGUGGUGUUGUCCUGCUGAAACCUCUAAGGAAGGCACUAGAAGACCAUAACAGAAUCUGGGGAGUCAUUGCUGCCAUUGCUGUCAAUCAGGAUGGACGAUCGGCUACUCCCAUCAUCAGACCAUCUCAGGAGCAGCAGGAGAGGCUCCUCCAGAGCAUCUAUUCAGCUCACAUUGACCCACUGAGUGUGCAGUAUAUCGAGGCUCAUGGCACAGGAACAUCCGUUGGGGAUGUCACUGAAGCUGAGAGCUUGGGAAAUGCUGUUGGAAGGAACAGGCCAGGGGGAUCCCCCGCUCUGAAGAUCGGGUCAGUGAAAGGCAACAUCGGCCACAGUGAAUCUGCAGCGGGAACAGCUGGCCUCAUUAAAGUCCUUCUGAUGAUGCAACAUGAAAAGAUUGUCCCAUCUUUGCACUAUUCAGAGAACAUAAGCAGCAUCGACACUAAGAGAUUAAAUCUGUCCAUUCCAACAAGUCUAGACGCUUGGGAAGAGCCCCGAGAAUUUGGCAGAGGAGCUGGGGUUAACAGUUUUGGAUUUGGGGGAACCAACGUUCAUGUUGUCAUUAGACAGUUGAAGCAGCAAUCCCAGAAUCUCCCUUUGAGGAGGCCAUGUGAAAUAUUUUUACUCUCUGCAGCCUCCAGGAAAUCCCUCCAGCUCACCAUGGAAGACACAGCUCGUCAUCUGGACCAAAGUGUCCAAGUUUCGCUGCAAAAUCUGGCUUACACAUCAGCCUGCAGAAGGAGCCAUGUGAGCUACCUGUACAGGAAAGCAUUUGUAACCACUUCCAUGGAGCAACUAAGGCAACAGCUGCAAUUAGCUGCCAAGGAGGAAAUGGCUCCAACUCAGAGAUGCCCUCAGCUGGUAUUCGUGUUCUGUGGAAAUGGACUCCACUACCAAGGAAGGGCAAGACCCUGCUUAAGUGUGAACCAGUGUUCAGAGAAAAGUGCCACGAAAUUGCCGAUUUGUUUCUCCAGUAUAAACCAACAAGUCUCCUGGAGUUAAUAGAAAAUGACUCUGCAGAUUUUUCUGAUCCCGAAAUAGCCCAAUCUCUCCUCUUCAUGCUUCAGGUAGCUUUGGUGACUCUCCUGAAAUUCUGGGGCAUUGAGCCUAAUGUCAUGUUGGGUUUCUCAGUGGGAGAAGUUGCAGCUGCCCACUGUGCAGGGGUCAUUUCCCUGGAAGAUGCAGUGAAAGUGAUCCACUUCCGGAGCAGUUUACAGGCAAAGGUGGUUGGAGGGAAAAUGGUGGUGGUUGGAAACAUUCCUGUGGAGGAAAUCUCAGAUGUUCUAGUCUCAUUCUCCAGAAGGGUGUGCAUUGCAGGCUUCAGCAGUCCUUGUUCCUGUAUUCUGUCAGGAGACGCAGAUGCUAUAACCAGAUGUCAAGAGGAGCUGGCUCAGCGGUUUGAGAAAAGGAAUAUAUUUCUGUGCCCGGUAUCCACUCCAGCUGCGUAUCACAGUUACAUGAUGGAUCCAAUACUUGAGGACAUUGAAGAGAGUAUUGGGAAUUUGGUGAGGAGAGAGCCGAAGGUGGAACUGAUUUCAACAGUGACAGGUGAAGCAGCUUCUGAAGAAGAUUUUACCACUGGCAAAUACUGGUCCAGGAACGUUCGAGAGCCCACAAAUUUGGCACAGGCUAUCACAACUGCAGCCAAAGGAAGGGAAAAUGCUAUAUUUGUUGAAAUAACCCCGAAGAGAGCUUUUCAAAAAAACAUCAGGGAAAACUUAGGUGAAGAAACCAUUGCCUUUUCUUCUUUACAACCAAAUAAAGAGUACGAGACUCUUUUUGAUUUGGUAAAAUCUCUAUUUGAAUUUGGACACAAUCUUAAUUGGCCAUGCUUUUAUAGAGGUUUGAAAACAACUCCCACAGAUUACCCGAGAUAUCAGUUUGAUCACAAGAAUCUGAAAACUUAUUUGAAGAGUCUUCAGUUACAGAACAAAAUUGCUUACUCCUAUCACCCUCUUAUUGAUAGUGCCAAUGACGGUUUAAAUUUCACCUGCUUCAUAACUCAGGAUAGAGCACCCUAUGUUUUUGAGCACAAAGCCAAUGCGACUCCCUUUGUUCCUGGUUCCUGUUUUGUGGAGCUUGGCUUGGCUUGUGUGAUGGGCAGUUUAAGGCCCAGAGUACCUCUGAGUACAUGUCAGGUAAGAGUGGAGUUCUUAGCUCCCUGUGUGAUUAGCCAAAAUUUCUUAAAUAUAAAAGUAAAGUUGGAAGCAGAAGAAACAAAAACAAAAUUUGAAAUAACCUCUUCCUCAAGUGGAGUUUAUGCAAGAGGGGAAGUUACAAAAAUCAAAAAAACUGUGAGUGAAAAACAACAUAUUUCUCUUGGGAGCAUCUUUCAAAGGUGUAAGUUGAUUCUAACCAGUGAUGAAGUUUAUGAAAAACUCCUCCAUCAUGGUUUUCAGUAUGGAGCCAUCUUCAAACGGUUAAACAUAAUUUCAUUUUGUGAUGAGCUGAAGGAAGGCAUAACAACCAUCAAAGUUACUGAAGAUCUCCGAAGAGAAAUGUAUGAAUAUCAUAUCCAUCCAGUGUUAUUAGACUGUUUCUUGCAAAUGGGUCUAGUCAUGGCCACAAGAGACAAAAAAAUUGGAGGAAAAACUGGUUUUCCGUCAAAGAUAGGCAAGCUGACAGUUUUAAAAACUUUCGAAGUGGAAAUGAAUAUAUACGUAAAAGUAAUUAAAUAUACAGAAGACUACUUUGAAGUGUGUGGGUUCUUUAUAGACAAAUACGGUUCCAUCUUAGCAAGACUAGAAGAGAUUGGAUUCACGUAUAGUAAACAAAGACAAUCUAAUGAUAACUUCCUUCUAGAAAACAUAUGGAAGCAAAUAUCACUCAUUCAGAUGCUUGGGAACUCUGGUGAAGUACCUCCAUGCCUAGUUCUAAUGGACACAUUUGGAAUAGCUCAACAGCUUAAAAAGUAUUUGCCUUGUGACUCCAAGUAUAUUGGGUUUCAGGAAUGGGAAGCAAGUCAAGAUUCAGAGAUGAGAGUAGGUGAUAUGAUGAAAACUGAAAUCAAGAACUUCCAUCAUGUUUUAUUUAUGUGGAGAAUUAAAAAACUAAAUGAAGAGAUCCCAGGAAUACUUCUUCAAUACCUAACAAAAUGCUGUGAGGCAUUUCGUCAACUUAUUGUGGCCUUAAAAGACCAAAAUGUUGAUUGUUCUGUGACAGUAAUCACUUACAGAACAACAAGAAAUGUGGAUCACAUUAAUCCAGGAUUUGUUCUCUCUGGCAUGACAAGAGCCUCUUUGAUUGAAGUGCCAAAUAUUAUGUUUCGAAUGAUAGAUAUUAGUGAUACAAGCCCACAGAAUAUAGCAAGUUUAGCAGACGCUAUUAUUAAAUGUGAAGGGAAGGACUAUCCAGAACUCUGUAUUGACCAGGGGAGAAUAUUCAUUUCUGAAAUCAGGCAAACUUCCUUUGAAAGGAUUUAUGAAAGCCAACCUCACAAGAGCCACCAGAACUCUGAGAUGUUCACUCUAUGUACCUCAGAUCCCUACAAUGUAGUAGAGGUGACAGCCAUGAUCGGAAGAUACAAACUCACACCAUUUAGUGACCAAUCUGUGGAAGUUGAGAUGGAUAAAAUCUGCAUCCACUCAGAAGAUUAUUUUCCUGUUAGCACAUCUAGCUGUAGUUUUGGUAAUACAUUGUAUUGGGCUGGUGACACAAUGGAGAAACAUAAAUUAGUGGCACUGGACUUCAGCGGUACUGUAACAGCCAUAGGCAAGGAUGUUAAAGAAGUGAUGGUUGGUGAUCACAUUGCCACCUGUUUUCCUCUUGUGGCAUCAUCAAAGGUCUCACUUCCUGAGACUAUAUGCUUUCACAGCAAGAAGUUUCCAGUAUUUAGAAAUGUACCCUGUGCAUCAUACUUCAUAAUAGCUUAGAAAAUUCUCACCCAGAUAUUACCAAAUGCCAAGCAUCUCUCCACACUUGCUGUCAUCUCCCCACAGCCAGGAUCAGCUCUAGGCGAGGUGCUAACCUUAGCUGCUAAGGAAGUGGGCUGGGGAGCCACACUUGUCUCACUCUCUGCUGGUCUGUGGCAAAAAGUGGGACAGUGCCAGGCACUCAUUUUCCUGCCACCACUGGAAGAACUCUCCAAAGAAACACUCUACAACCUUCCCCACCUCCGAGAUGUGGUAUUCGUAUGUGGCCAACACCAGCCUGAAUUUGUACGGCAAUUAUUGUAUAAUGUUCACAGUCACAUCCAGCUCCACAUCCUAAAUCUUAGCCAGGUUUUACAGAAAUCCUGUCUGAUAGCAUCCAGUAGAUCUGUCUGCCAGUGGCUAAAAUCAAUGAAUUUGAUAAAUAAUUUAAAUUUGGCACACUCUCUUUUUCAACAAAAUGCUUUGGCCAAUCCUGCCUUGUCUUCGUAUUUCACAUGUGUGGCCAUCCCUCUGGCUGUGUUGAAAGUCAGUGUUUCAGAAUGUCAACUUUCACAAAUACCUAUGUGUGAAGAAGGGAGAAAACUCUUCAAGGCAAAUGGAGUGUAUGUUGUGUCAGGGGGGCUGUCUGGCCUUGGGUUUGAAACUGUGAAGUUUAUCGUACAGAAAGGAGGUGGUUCUGUUGUGAUUCUUUCACGGCAAAAUCCAACGUCUCAACAGUUGAAAGAAAUGCAAUUGCUGGAAAAUCAGAAUGAAGGAUGCAGGAUUGUCAGCCUGCGGUGUAAUGUUGGUUUUCAUUCUGAGGUGGAAAAGGCAGUAAAUUCAAUAAAAAAGAUCUUUCCAAAGAGUGAAAUAAAAGGUGUAUUUCAUAGUGCUGCAGUCUUGGAUGAUGGGCCCCUCGAAGCUCUCAACGUCUCUCGAUUUGAGAAAGUGUUAAGCCCCAAAGUAGCUGGAGCAGUAAAUCUUCACCUUGUGACCAGAGGGCAGGAACUUGAUUACUUUGUGUGCUACUCGUCUGUUUCUUCCUUUCUUGGGAAUGCAACACAAGCCAACUAUGCCGCUGCUAACUCUUUCCUGGACAUCUUCUGCCACUAUCAGAGGAACUGUGGUCUUGCUGGCCAGUCAAUUAACUGGGGAGCCUUGAAUCUUGGGUUACUGCUAAACAAACACCACCUUCACAGUGCUUUAGCCACCAAAGGAAUACUUCUACUUCAAAUACCUGAAAUCCAUGAGUACCUUGAAAAAUGCUUACUUCUGAAUAAUUCACAACAAACUGUAGUCAAACUUGACUUCAGGAAAUUACAGGAAUUCUUUUCCCAAGUUCCAUCUCACAGAAUUCAUUUCUUCAGAAUUUCUGAAGAGGAAUUUGAUUCUCUGGAAGACUCACGCGUGGCUUUUACUCAUUCUUUAUCUAAGAUAUCAACAGAUGAGUAUAUCACUUCUUUAGUUAGUGAAUUCAAGAACACAAAUGUCAAAGCCAUCACAAUGUCCACAUCGCUAACCUCAUUAGGCAUCGACUCAGUAUCAGCUAUGACUAUUCAAAGUAAACUCUUUCAUGAUCUAAAGGUUCAAAUUCCUCUAAUUAAACUACUUGAUCCAGAUGCAACUCUGCAAACCUUAAAAUUGUUUCUGGAGGAACAAGCAAAGAAGAUUUGAAAUAGAAAUGAUCACAAUCCACAAAAAAUGUUUUGCUUUUUGUUUUUCAUUCAUGCAGCAUGCUGGAUUAGAGUGAAAAUAGAAGUACAAAAUUAUGAACAUGAUUCAAUUAAGAUUGUGUUAGCUUACCUAAAAUUACGUAUUUUUUUCCUAAAAAAUUCUGUCAACUUUGAUAAAUAUUAAAAUUGACAUUCUAAACUAACUUAAUUCAUUUGAAUUGCUAUAUGUUAGUAAGCAUUCCUUAUAUUAACUCACUUUAUUAUACCAGGCUCAAUUGGAAACCUUUAAUUAAAAUAAAAAUUUUAUGUUCACUAAUCAAAGAGUAAGUUUUGUUAAAUUUAGUGGAUUGUUUGCUUAUCUGGGGAAUCUGUACAAAAUU